UCCCCCCGCAGAGCCAGAAUCCAUAAAUAAUAAUAGGCGUAGUCUACUUCGCUCUGGCUUGACGUCGUGGACUGGAGCUUCAACUUCGACACAACAUCGUCAACUCGCUUUUGCUCCCCCAUCACCGCACAAGAUGCCUGGCUCUUCACGUAUACCAGCUAGCCUGCGCGUCGGCUUCGAGUCCGUCACGCGCAGGAGGGGCGAUUUCUCCUGGUCGCUGCUCAAUCUGGAUCUAUUUCGAAAUAUUAUAUUCUUCAUGUUCGUCUUGCGAUGGACGCGCCGCACCUUCUGGCAGCUCAAGGGCCGCGGCAUCAUCGGCUCCAUCGUCGAGUUCUACAUCAACAUCCGCCGCAUCCUAUACGGCUACUUCCUGCGGGCGCCCGGCGUGCGCAACAAGGUCCAGCAACAAGUCAAGGAGAGCGUCGCGAAGCUGUCAGACAAGCUGGUGUCCAAGGACCAGAUCCGCUACCUCACCCUGCCCAAGGAGGGCCUCUCCCACGAUGCUGUGCGCGCCGAGCUCGAAUCCCUCGCUGCCAUGGACCAUACUCGCUGGGAGGACGGCUGCGUUUCGGGUGCCGUUUACCACGGAGAGGAUGAGCUGCUGAAGCUGCAGACCGAGGCGUAUGGCAAAUUCACCGUCGCCAAUCCCAUCCACCCCGAUGUGUUCCCUGGUGUGCGCAAAAUGGAGGCCGAGGUAGUGAGCAUGGUGUUGAGCCUCUUCCAUGCGCCGCCUCACGCCGCUGGAGCAUCCACCAGCGGUGGCACUGACAGUAUCCUCAUGGCGUGCCUGGCUGCGCGCCAGAGGGCAUACCAUGAGCGUGGGGUGACUGAGCCCGAGAUGAUCCUCCCUGAGACUGCGCACACGGCGUUCCACAAGGCCUCCCAGUACUUCAAGAUCAAGAUGCACUUCGUCGCCUGCCCUGCGCCCAGCUACCAGGUCGACGUCAAGGCCGUCUCGCGCCUCGUCAACCCUAACACGGUGCUGCUCGUCGGAUCCGCGCCCAACUUCCCCCACGGCAUCAUCGAUGACAUUGCCGCCCUCUCCCAGCUGGCGGUCCGCAAGAACAUCUGGCUGCAUGUUGACUGCUGCCUGGGCUCUUUCAUGGUUCCCUUCCUGGAAAAGGCUGGGUUUGAGUCUCAGCUCUUCGACUUCCGUCUCAAGGGUGUCACCAGCAUUAGCUGCGAUACCCACAAGUACGGUUUUGCGCCCAAGGGCAACUCCACCGUGCUUUACCGCUCUGCAGACCUGCGAACGUAUCAGUACUUUGUGUCUCCCGAUUGGUCUGGCGGCGUAUAUGCGUCCCCAGGUAUGGCGGGAUCGCGGCCGGGUGCGCUGAUUGCUGGAUGUUGGGCUAGUUUGAUGAGCAUGGGCGAGGCUGGAUACAUUGAUGCAUGCACUCAGAUCGUCGGCACGACCAAGAAGAUUUCCGAUGCGCUACGCACCACCCCGGCGCUGGGAGGCGAGCUGGAGAUCCUGGGCAAGCCCCUUGUUUCGGUGAUAUCCUUUACGGCACGCAACCUCAACAUCUACGACAUUGCCGAUGGUAUGGGUGCCAAGGGAUGGCACCUGAACUCGCUGCAGAACCCGCCCGCUGUGCAUGUUGCUGUUACUCUGCCAAUCACCAAGGCGUGGGAGAGGCUGGUUUCCGACCUCGAGGCUGUCGUCGAGGACGAGCGCGAGAAGGAGCGCGCCCGCCUCGUGGAGGGCAAGACACCCAAGGGCAAGGCCAUGGGCGACCAGGCGGCGCUGUAUGGCGUUGCGGGAUCCCUGCCCAACAAGAGCGUUGUUGUGGACCUCGCGAACGGUUUCUUGGAUAUCCUUUACAAGGCGUAAGGAGAGUAGAAGAGUUGGGUACUGGAGGCAGACUGUGUCUCAUUUUUACGUGGGUAUUGGCGUGGUGUGGGUCCAAGGUGUUUGUGUUGGUUACUGACCUUGGAUAAGAGGAUACUUUGCGGUGUACAUUAUUUGCAUUUCUCUUCCCUUUUCGUAUAUGGCGUGGUCAUGGUUAUUAUUGGUACACGGAGGGAGAUGAGAAGAAGAAAGGAGAGGAGAAAGCCGGGGAGGAUGAGGACAUCGGCCGGCGGAGGCUGCGGUAGUACAAGAAACAGCAUCAGCAAUAGCUAAUCAUUUACUCCUAUCUCAAUCAUGACUAUCAUGAUACAUAUCUCACCGCC